AUGACGGAAGACGUGGAUGGCCACGUCUUAGACAAAUAUGAACUGCAAAAACGGCUUGGUAAAGGAGCUUACGGUAUCGUUUGGAAAGCGAUCGAUCGUCGAACAAAAGACGUUGUUGCUCUGAAAAAGAUAUUCGAUGCAUUCCGUAAUCAAACGGAUUCUCAGCGAACAUUUCGUGAGGUGAUGUUUCUACAGGAAUUUGGUCGACAUCCGAAUGUUAUCAAACUGUUCAAUAUUCUCAAAGCUGACAAUGACAGAGACAUCUAUUUGGUAUUCGAAUAUAUGGAGGCCGAUUUACACAAUGUCAUAAAAAAGAUGACCAUUCUAAAAGACGUCCAUAAACAGUACAUAAUGUGCCAGUUAUUCCGUGCUAUUCGUUUUUUGCAUAGCGGAAAUGUACUGCAUAGAGAUCUGAAGCCAUCAAAUGUGCUGCUGGAUGCUGAUUGUCGUGUGAAACUCGCCGAUUUCGGAUUAGCUCGAUCCCUUUCGUCGCUGGAGGACUACCCAGAAGGUCAAAAUAUGCCGGAAUUGACUGAGUACGUGGCUACGAGGUGGUAUCGUAGUCCGGAGAUUCUGCUAGCUGCCAAACGAUACACAAAAGGUGUUGAUAUGUGGAGCCUUGGAUGUAUUUUGGCCGAAAUGUUACUAGGGCGUGCUCUUUUCCCGGGAACGUCUACGAUUAAUCAGAUAGAACGAAUUAUGAACGCCAUCACUCGACCCAGUCGUGCCGAUAUUGAAAGUAUUGGUAGGUUCAAGUUUUUUUUCACUCUGCUACCCUUCGAUGAGCCUUCCGAAAAUUGUCUUUUCCAACCUUACCUGAGAACACCGGUCAUCAAAACUAUUUUUAGUGGUGGUGCGCCGUAUUUGCAACAGGUCCACGUCCUAGUGAAAUGGUUGUGA